AUGCGGCAGACGGACUUGAACAAACUUUGUUUGUACUUACGAAACAAAAUAAAAUUGAUGUACAACGCUAAAAAUAAGAAUCCUCCCGAAAUGCGAGUGAGACGUGACAAACUGGAAAUAAAAGGCGUGGGAGAGGUAAUUCGAUCCGUUAUAUUGAGCAUGCGAUUGGGGAUCAACACCGAAGACUGGCAAGGAUUGCCUCUUGAACAAUUAUUGGAUAUUCGUCUUCGUAAACAGAAGGAGGACGGUACACUAGCACUUGGCCCAUUGAAUCUUCCCGGGCUAGAGCCGGAAAAACCACAGGAAAAGGAGCCAGAGAAAGAAACGUGCAUGAACGAAAAGGAAAAUGGAAAGGAAAAUGAAAAUGAAGGAGCCGGAGUUUCUUAUUCCCAAGCGGUACGUGGAAAGAAAAGAAGCACUGAUGAAGACGGCUUUGUGUUGCCACGAAAAGUGAAAAGGACCAUGCAGGAUAAAAAUGUUAAAUAG